AUGGCAACAAACCAAGUCUCACUGCCGCCUUCGCUAGAAGAUGCCAGGAUACAUGGCCUGCCGUCCGCGGCUUAUUAUAUUCCCGACUUCAUCAGCGAGGAGGAAGAGCACUUUAUACUCGGCAAAAUUGCUGGCGCCCCGAAGCCUAGGUGGAAACAACUCACUCAUCGUAGACUGCAAACCUGGCCGUCCGACCUUGUCCAGAACAGAUUGCUCGACUCUCCUCUUCCUGAGUGGCUCGAGAAUCCAGUAGUGUCCCGAAUCUUGUCCCUCUCCACCGUCAAAUCCGACGGCGGCUCCAAGCCCGGCCCCGACCUCGAGGCAGAACACAUCUUUGCUCAAAGCCCGCAUCGACGACCGAACCACGUCCUCAUCAACGAGUAUCCGCCUGGCGAUGGCGCUGCAUAUUGGCCUGUCGUGUGUACCGUCAGCCUCGGGGCCAGUCUCUGCCUCAACCUGCACCGGAACAGAGACGACGGUGCUCUAGAUCCAGUCCCCGCAUGGAGAAUUCUCCAGGAACCUCGUAGCCUGCUCAUCACAACAGAUGACUUAUACACGGACUACUUGCACGGCAUUGCGGAUAUUGAAGAAGACCUCGAUCUGUCUGCAGAUACUAUAGUAAACUGGUCAACGCUACGAUGCUCUCAGCAAUUUGCAGAUGGGCGCAAUGUACGCCAGACAAGGACCAGCCUAACCUACCGAGACGUCCUCAAGGUGUCAAGGAUGGGGAACAAGCUUGGCAUGUUCUCCAGACGGUAG